AUGACGACGUUUGAAAUUAUUGGCGAUCUUACCUUCGGAGAGCCGUUCGGCUGUUUAGGAAAAGAAAAUGACGAAUCAUGGUACAAGUUGAACUACGCAACAUUCAGAAUGGCCGCCUUAGAGCAGGCUACCCGUCGCUUAGCUAAAGCUAACUCAUGGGGGCAACGGUUCUUGAUGGCAUUAAUCCCCUAUUCAUGGAGACAGCUACGAUAUGACCAUUUGGCUUACAGUCGCGACAGGGUACUGCGACGUCUGGAAAAUGAGGAGCCUAAACGAGCAGACUUCAUCGGCUAUACUCUUAAGCAUCGAAACCAAUUUAAGUUAAACGAUGCUGAGAUCAUCGUGAACGGGGCCACUUUUAUUGCAGCUGGAAGCGAGACCCUAUCCAAUCUUCUUUCUGGCCUAGUCGCACAGUUGCUUUACAACCCAGAAAAAUACGAAAAGCUGCGCCACGAGAUCCGUUCAUCCUUCAGUAAGUCUGAGUGGAUCAAUCACGACCAAGCCAUUAAACUCCCUUAUUUGAACGCUUGCAUAGAAGAGGCUCUUCGAUUAAAACCUCCAGUUGGCGAGGGUCUUCUACGACGUGUACCUGAAGAGGGAGCCGUGAUCGAUGGACAUUGGAUCCCAGGAGGCACAUCAGUCUCAGUUGACCCAUGGGCCGCGUCACAUAAUGAAAGCAACUUCCGGGACUGUGAUGACUUUGUCCCCGAGCGAUGGUUAGCAGACAAAGAACAAUACUUUGCAGGUGAUAAGAGAAAUGCCACGCAGCCUUUCUCGCUUGGGCCUCAAGGGUGUCUCGGAAAACAGCUGGCCUACAUGGAGAUGAGGCUAGUUAUGUGCUAUUUAAUUUGGAACUUCGACAUCCAGAGCACGGAUGGAGCAUGGCAAUGGGACCCCGCUGGGCAGAUGAAGAAUCUCAGGAUUUAUGUCGUGUGGGAAAAGCCACCAUUGAAUGUGAGGCUGAAGUCAGUCACUGUAUAA